AUGCUGGAGGAAGAAGUGACGUUUGCAAACGCCAAGAAGCUAGCAGGCAUCAUGGGCAUCCAGACUGUAGAGCACAAGCAUGACGAAGCUUCUGGCAGGAGUUUUUUUGACCAGCUUAUCUUCAUAUUCGAGAAGGAGAACGAGACAUCGAAGACGAUCACGAGCAUAGUGUUCAGCAAGAACCAGUUACGUUUCGUGUCGUUUGAUGGUGUCCCGAUGGAUGCCAUUCCGAGCGGAUCCAUGCUACUGUUUAAUAACAUUGACCAGCCUGGUGUGCUGCACAAAGUGACUUCGAUGAUAGCAAGGCACGAGAUCAGCAUUGGCUGUUUCGGUCUGGCACGACUUUUUUUUGGCACCGCUGCUGUUAGUGUGCUGAAUGUUGACGAGGCCAUCCCCGACACCGUUGUAGAGGAACUGGGAAGGCUGGGCAUGCUCACCAACGCGGAGGAUCGUUGUUCUCGCGCUUCACGAGCCGCUGGUUUGCGCUCUGGUGAGUUUCUAAGCGCGUCGAUUGCCAUCGUCCUUGCGCUUAAAUUCGCGCCGAGAGCAGAUGAAAACAUGUCGCUUUCUAUGGCACCGCGCAUACGCUCAACCCUGUCGAUCCGUAUCUGGGAAGUAUCCAUCUUCUCGUCCGGUCAGAGAGGGCGACGGCCGCGAGAAUCUUUUCGUCGGUCGCCGAUCUCCUUUCGUGAGCCGGCGCGUCUCGAACGACAGCCGCAGUGCGCGGCGGAAUAG